CAGUCUGUCGAGUAACCGGUCGCUCUAGCGUUUCUCGCUUUCCGUUCCUUCUGCUAUCGUUAAACUUCUUCCUACCUUAUUGUUAUUUUUAUUCUUAAUUAUUGUCAUUCUUAUUCUUGUUAUUCUUCGUUCAUUUUCAUAACGUUCACCUGAAAUUUGUCGCAUAUGGAUUUUUUGGCGGAGUCCAUAACCGAAUUUUCCCUUGAACAGUGUACGUACGUGUUACGAAGAAACGUCAAAUAGCAACGUGUUGACUGUUUUCUCUCGCGAGAUUUCUUCAUAACGGAGGGAAGAGAGAGAGAGAGGUGAGGUGGUCUAUGAUCGGUAACGACACUAUACGCGUCUAUUACGAUUGAGUAAGCGUUGCUCGUUCCUAGAGUGUCAAAGAUCGUUUUAUGCAAGAUCGCGAGAUAAGAAUUGUUUUGCUUACUUCGAAUUUGGAUGCGUCUGUCGAUUGACAUUGCUUUCGGUGACGCGGCAUGUUCCGAAGCAUUCAAGAGAUUGCGAAGGAAUCGUUUUCAUUGUUCGAAAAGGAUGUCAACGACAUCGGGCGGGGGGGAGUUCUAUGAGGAUUCGAGAGAGAAUCAAAGAGGAGAAAAGUGAGAUCUUUCGAAAAGCCAAUAAGGAGGCAAACGCGAGGACAAGUAGGUACUCGUCGAGGUGAUGUUGCUGGAGUCGCGAACCUUCGACGGCAGGAAGAGAAACGGACUGACACUGACUUCAUUCGUGGGUGGAGACGGCGGUCGGAGCGGAGGAGGAGGUGGAGCUGAAGGAGGAGGAGGAAGAGGAGGAGGAGGAGGAGGAGGAGGAGGUGGCGGCGGUAGCGAGGAGGACGACGAGGAGUCGAGGGAUCAUCGCGUAUUUCUCGGCAGGAAAAUGCAGGGCGAAAGCGCCGCCGCCUCCGCGGUACCAACCGGAAUUUCCGGAUGUACAAGGGAUGACACCGAUGACAGCUCCAGUACCUCGCCCAAUGCCAGUCUCCUAAACAAUAUCAACAAUAAUUGCAACUCCAAUCGACAAUGCGCUACCGACUUCAGCAUCGCGGCCAUCAUGGCCAGAGAUUCGAGGCAGCAGCAGCAACAACAACAACAGCAACAACAGCAACAACAACAGCAACAACAGCAACAGCAACAACAAUCUCAAUCUCAAUCUCAAUCCCAAUCGCAUUCUCAACAACAAACUCAGCAGCAGCAGCAGCAACAUCACCAUCAUCAUCAUCAUCAUCAUCAUCAUCAUCGACAUUCGCAACAGCAGGCCGUCGGCGGCGGCAAGCUUCAUCAACACGAAAGGGAACCGAGCGGUUCUGGUAUCGUCCGUGGACCACCAUCGGUUCAGGAAUCGAUCAACGCCGAAGACGAACCGGAAACGGAUGACGCCGGAAGUACCAGUGGGAAGGGUGCCUCGCCCGUUAAUCCGUUGCUUCAGGAACGAUGGAAUUGCGAGGAGUUGAAGCACGUUGUUUGUCAUCUUGAAACCAAAGAUCUUUGGGAUAAAUUCAACGAACUAGGCACUGAGAUGAUCAUCACUAAAACCGGAAGGCGGAUGUUCCCGACCUGCCGCGUCUCCUUCAAUGGGCUGAAGGCGGACAGCCGGUACGCGGUGCUAAUGGAUAUCGUGCCGGUGGAUAACAAGAGGUACCGAUACGCUUAUCACAGAAGCUCAUGGUUGGUAGCAGGAAAGGCCGAUCCACCUGCGCCUGCUCGGCUUUACGUCCACCCAGAUUCACCGUUUACCGGUGAACAACUUCGCAAGCAGGUCGUCUCUUUCGAAAAAGUCAAGCUCACGAACAACGACAUGGACAGGCAAGGCCACCUGGUGCUGAACUCGAUGCACAAGUACCAGCCGAGGAUCCACCUGGUGAAGAGGCCGGAUUCGGGCACGGCCAAAUCCAUCGUUGAUCUCGAGAAGGAAUCGUACAAGACCUUCAUAUUCCCGGAGGCCAUAUUCACUGCUGUCACCGCCUAUCAGAAUCAGCUCAUUACCAAAUUGAAGAUCGACAGCAAUCCUUUUGCCAAAGGUUUCCGGGAUUCAUCGCGUUUGACCGACUUUGAGAGUUUCCCUUUCAGGGAAACGAUGGAGUCGAUGUUGGCGGAGCAGCAAUCCUUGAGGUUUCCGCAUCGAUUGCCAUUCGAGAUGGAACAAUUACAGGCCGGGGCCGUUAGCAAUCUCAGUUUAGAGGAAAAAGCCUUGUGGGCAGCCCGUUCGCAAAUGUUGCUCAGAGCUGCAGCAGCGGUGGCGGUCAGUCCUUACGCUCAAUUGGUCAGUCCAUCUCUGGUUUAUCCUGGUACAACUGCUACUUCAGCCGCUGCUACCGCUGGAACGAGUCACCAUCAUCAACAACAGCAGCAGCAGCAGCAACAGCAACAACAGCAGCAUCACCAACAACAACAGCAGCAGCAACAACAGCAGCAACAACAACUCGGGCACCUGUGGUGGGCGUCUUCGAUAGGUCCGACGUUGUUCGCGGCAGCUCAUCACCAUCAACAACAACAACUGGCAGCUUCGAGCUCUCAGCAGGGUUCGGUGGUCGGUGGUCCAGCUGCACCAAGACCUCUUUAUCCGUCGGCCCUGGCGCUGGCGCAUCAUCGAUUCUCGCCUUAUCACACGGCAAGCACACCGAAAUCGGCGACGUCUGCAGCGCCCUCGCCCUCCCCGUCACCCUCCAGACGAGCCACACCCUCGCCGACGGACAGUUUGAGCAGAGAGGCCCAGGAUCUUUCUCCCUCGUAGUCGGAACCUCCUCCGAAACACGGGAGACAUUGUUACGCGUUGCCUCGCGUAUGUUUGCCAACUUAUUCGCAUCCGAAUGUUUUCCUAUGCGUUGUGCGUUGUGCCGGUGCGCGGCUUCUUUGUUUUAUCCUCCUCGUCGAUUUUUGAACGAGAGAAGACCGAUGCAGGUGCGAACGGAGGAAGAAAGUCGAAAAGUGCGUGUUAACAUAUAGUUGGACGAACGAUCGCUUGUGUUCCGUGAAAGCUCGUCAAAUUUGGAAGACGAUGAACGUCCGAUUCGAGCCAAGAGCGAAUACCGAACGACGAAUGGUAAUUGUGGUGGCAAAGGUCCCAUUGGGGCCAACAAAAUGUGCGACUCUGAGCUUGUUGAACGAAAGAGCAGGAAGAGAGAGAGAGAGAGAGAAAGAAAGAAAGAGAUAGAGAAAGAUAGAAUGAAGUCUUCUUGCGCGACCCAUGACCUAUUCUAAGAAUGCUGGCAACCGUGGAGGAUUUCUUUCUUGAUUCUUGUCGAAUGACUAGUCGUUUUCUGUUUCUCUCACGCGUCGACUUUUUUUUAUUUUACGUUUCUGUCUACGUAUCAACCUUUUUCAUAUCAUCGAUCUCCUCGGUCACCGCUGAAACGCCUUUAUCUUUUCUAACGACGAAACGCUGAAAGGAAACGUGGUCUUCUCUUUUGAAAGAACCAUACUAUCUUUAUCGUUUCGUUUGACGGAUAUAAAUAGCAAGUUGUUUGAAACGCACUCGACACAGGAAUGCCUUCGUCCAUCGAUGAAUUUUAUUCAUAAUUUGAUCUUUCUUCGACUCGAUGUAAAAAAGCGAUUUGUAAGUGAGAAAAGAAAGCAUGAGGGGACGGGAAAACGACUUUAUCGUAUUAAUAACGAACGGAAAAAUUUAUUAUGUUGUAAAUAUGUAUUCCUUAUAAUUUUAAAAUAACGAUAUAAGCCAAAAUAAUGCGUAGGUAUAUUCACAAAGGAUGCGUCGUAUGACGGCAUCCGCAUAUAUGCGAAACACAUGUAUAUACAACGUCAAACACACACACGUAUACUUAUAUAUAUAUAUAUAUAUAAAAAUGUACAUAUGAAUAGCUAUAAAAGAGUAUAGCUGUAUCAUAGGUAUGUUAUAAUACUCUUAGGUCGCAAAUUGUACGUGUACAAAAUUAUACAUCUACUACCAACCUGUGUUAUGAUCUACAUUGCUAUUAUCGCGUAACGUAGGUACGAUUAUUUGCGACCUGUCAGUAUUAUUGCUCUCCAUUCCUGUAAAAUAAGCUGUAUAUUUCAUCUCACAAUUUAUCGUUAUUGUUAUUUAUGUUUCGGUUCGGUAUACUGCGCGUGGAAAAAAUUUUAAAUAUUUCGGAUCUCGUGAUACGCUUAUAAUUGGUUACAGAAAAAGAAAAGAAAGAAAAUAAAGAAAAGCGCUUCUAUUUAAGAGUACAAAAGAUUGUCAUUCAUUCAGAGACGAUAGGUGAUUCGUGUACUAUUAACGAUAAGUGAUAUGAGAGAGAGAGAGAGAGAGAGAGAGAGAGAGAGAGAGAGAGAGAGGCGUACGCAAGAACGUCGUUUUGAGAAUAUUCCAGCGUCGUUCUGACGAUUAUUAUUAGCGUAAAAAGUGUUGAUAUCGUUAAUGCUUGUGUUGUGAAAAAAAUGCAUAUCCAUUGCUGUGCAAGCUGCAUCCUUGUAAAUAAAUUCCAAUAAAUUCUUGUA